ACAGUCAAACAUUGUAAUUCAUUUCUCAAAAUUACGGAUAACAGGCGCAUCCUGUUGGAGGUUCUGGACGAGGUGUACCUCACACUGGAAGGGGGAUAAUAACUUUGAAUCGGAAGGCUGGAGACUGGUGCUGGUAAAACUGAAAUGUGCUUUAUCCUGCUGAGCCCAUCACCACCGCUACCCUCGCCAGGAGUAAGCAGGAGAGUGAUGCAUGAACGACUGCUAUUAUAGAACUGAAACACAUUAACGUUUAUAAUGGAGAGUCACUAUGGUUACUCCAGUGAUGCCUACAGCCGUCACGUCCUGGGUGAGGACAGCUCGGUCAUGGCUCGCAUGCAGAAGAAGUUCUGGAAGACCAAGCAGGUCCUCAUCAAAGCCACCGGAAAGAAGGAGGAUGAGCACGUGGUGGCGUCCGACGCCGACCUGGACGCGAAAUUAGAGUUUUUUCGAUCUGUGCAGGCGACAUGCACUGAACUUCUGAAAGUGAUCGAGAAGUAUCAGCAGAGGAUAACUCAUUUAUCCCAAGAGGAAAAUGAAUUGGGCUUGUUCCUGCGAUUCCAGGCCGAACACGAUAAAACCAAAGCAGGCAACAUGAUGGAUGCCACCAGCAAGGCCCUCUGUACUUCAGCAAAGCAAAGGCUGGCCCUUUGCACUCCGCUGCAUCGGCUGCACCAGGAGGUGGAGACGUUUCGGCGGCGUGCCAUCUCCGACAGCCUGAUCACGGUGGAGCGCAUGGAGAAGGCCCGCACCGAGUAUCGGGGCGCCCUGCUCUGGAUGAAGGACGUGUCCCAGGAGCUGGACCCCGACACGUACAAACAGCUGGAGAAGUUCCGCAAGGUCCAAGCCCAAGUGAGAAACACUAAGACCCAGUUUGAUAAACUGAAGAAUGAUGUGUGUCAGAAAGUAGACAUUCUGGGGGCCAGUCGCUGCAACAUGCUGUCACAUUCCCUUGGCAAUUACCAGACCAUACAGCUUCACUUUUGGGAAAGAACAGCUCAAAUGAUGUCAGAGAUACAUGAAGCAUUUAAAGGCUACAUUCCUUAUGAAUUUACUACACUAAAGGAUCUGCGGGACCCACUGGAAAUGCUUGUGAAUGAUCCAGAAAAGGAAAAAAUGGAGAACAUACAAGAUGACGUGGACAAUUUUGUUUUCAUCAAAAACCAUGCUCAUUUAAGAGCCCUCUUUAAUCAAACAUUGAUUUUGCUGGAUGAAGAGAAGCCUGUAGGAGCUGAUUCAGAAACAGCCCAAAGUGCUGAUGGACAAAGCAAGGAUACAGACAGCUCUUUGUGUGCCAGCUUGAACUCUGGUAGACCGAGCGACACGGCGAAGACACUCACAGAGGCUGCUGAUGACGACCUGCUAAUGAUUCUCGACACCCUCAACACCCCCUCCAGCCCCACAGCCCCCUGGAGUCCGGUCACACAGUUCUGUGACAUGGUUCCGAAGGACCUGUUGGCAGACCUGCCUGAAGGAGAGGAUGCGGAACGGAGCGACCUGUCCUUUCUGAAGGACCUGUUGAGCCCAGGGCCUGCUGGGAAUGAGGAGUUCAACAGAGAGUGGCACGAUGCCUUUGGCAACUUUGAGGCCAGCACGGCCUCUGCCCCACUCCCGGGCCCCACAGCGGCCCUGUCACCCGAUCAGCCCUCGAGCCCCACUGGCUUCUUACCCUCCCAGCUCCUUGAUCGCAGCUUCAGCUCCACAGGAUGGGCCACACCUCCCAUGUUCCAGGCUCAGCCAUUGCAAACUCCUCAGGCUCCCUCUCAGCCGGUUAGCCCACCCACGCCUCCUCCGAAUGCCCCAAAGAUGACAAGCAAGGCCUCCAAAAGCUCCCGCAGGGACAUGUCGGCCUGGUUCAACCUGUUUGCCGACCUGGACCCUCUGGCCAACCCAGAUGCGAUCGGCCGCUCGGACGACGAGCUGUUAAAUGCCUGAAGGGGGCGCCGGUGGGAGAGGACGGUGUGACCAACACGAGGGUCCGGCCCCCCCGCGGACUGGUUAGGUUCGGCUGGGUUGUGGGGCGUGGGUCGUCAUCUUGCCUCAUAAUUCUGGACCGCCUUGCGAGAAAGACAGGGUUAUCGAUUUCUCCCAAGAUACAACUUAGCCUAUAAAGACAACCUUUCAUCUUUAAACUGGGGAGGAGCGUUGUCACAGAAAAUCGUGUGUGAAAAGAAAGAGACUCGCUCUCCUUGGCCGAGACUCAGCUCCGUGAGGUUAGCGUCCGUAAAUGAGAAAAACAAAGCAAAUUCUUGAGUCUGCAGGGUUUAUGACCCCGGAGAAUCUCUCCAUUUGGAUCAACAAGUACAUAUUUAACUCUUAAAUUUGUAUUAUUUUUAAGGUUUUUCUGAACUUCAAACCGAAAGAUCUGGUUCCGUAUGUUUUUGUAUAAGGCGUUGAGCAGAUACAGAGUUUAAUUGAAAAGUAAACUAGAUGGAACAGGUUUGCUGACAGAAGAAGUCAGGCUUGAUGAUAAAGCUGGAAUGAUCAGUUUUCUGUAUCUGUCGAUUUCUAAAAAAGUCGAUGCAUCUUUUAAUCAAAGCUGUGGAACGG